CGGAUUGAAGGUAAAGGUAAUUUAUAUUAAACAGUAAACUGAUUUAAACUUGAAAAAGAAAUUUAACCAGCUCGGAUUGAAAAUUAAGCUAAAAAAUAUCGAAAUGGCCCGAAGUAAUGUACGAGAAGAAACUUCAUCCGACUUUGUGGAAUCAUUCAGGACCACUGGAUUGGGAAGUGCAAGCCCCGACUGGAGAGAUACAAAGACAGCGAGUCAAUGUUUAGAUCACCUGUGUUUAUCUAAACAUCUCUCUGAUGUCACUUUGAGAUUCAGUAAAGAGCCAUCGGUGAAGCUUCCAGCGCACAAGUUCGUCUUGAGCAUGCGCAGCAGGGUAUUCGAGGCCAUGUUUAACGAAAAUAAAGGUUUUCCUGACAGUACAGUGACGAUUGAUGAUGUAGAGUCUAAAACCAUGCGGGUGCUUAUCAGGUUUAUGUAUACUGACAAGUCCGACAUUGAUGGUAAAAAUGUCUUAAAAUGCCUGCAAGCUGCUAAGCAAUACGCUAUUGCAGGGCUCGUAGCCAACUGUUCUACGUUUCUGGAAAAAAACAUAAGCACCGGGAAUGUUUGUACGAUUCAUGAACAAGCCAUAUAUUACAAAAUGAAGGAACUGCAAACGAAAUGCUUUGAAUUCAUGUUAGAGAAUGCGAGCGAUGUUUUCAUGUCUGAUGGUUUUCGGAUUAUUUCGAAAGCUACAUUAGUUAGCUUGUUAAAGAGCGACGACUUGGCCGAAGACGAAGAGAACAUCUUUACUGCUGCAUCAACUUGGGCAGAAGCUAAGUGUAUUUCAAAUAAACUGGACGUGACUCCCGACAACAAGCGCAGAUGUCUCGGGGAAGCGCUUAAUGAAAUACGGUUUCCAAUCAUGUGUAUAGAAAAUUUUGCAAAGUGA